AUGGCGGCCAACGGAAACUUCACGGAGAAGGAACAGUACAAGGGCAAUGCCGAUCAAUCGUCCGUCGCUGCUGCCACUGAUUUCUCUCCCUCUUCGGCUUCUAACGCCAACCUCAGUAAGGAUGAGGUCGGUUGGUACUUCGUUGAGCAGUACUACACCACCCUGAGCAAGACACCCGAGAAGCUUCACCUCUUCUACGGCAAGCGCUCCCAGUUCGUCUACGGCAAGGAGGCCGAGGUUGCCACAGUGUCCGUGGGUAGAAAUGCCAUCCAGGAGCGUAUCAAGGAGCUCGACUUCCAGGACUGCAAAGUCCGCGUCACCAAUGUCGACUCUAUGGCCUCGUUCGACAACAUUGUCAUCCAGGUCAUCGGCGAGACCUCCAACAAGGCUGCUGAGCCCCAGAAGUUCGUCCAGACCUUCGUCCUCGCACCGCAGCCUUCCGGCUACUUCGUUGUCAACGAUAUCCUGCGCUUCGUCAACGAGGAAGGCGAGGAGGAGGCCGUCGUCGAGACCCAGGAGGAGCAAGUGAACAUUGAGCCCAGCCCCCCCGCCGCUGAGGCCGAGAAGGCUCCCGUCGAGGCCGAGGAAGAGACUAAGGACGAGCCCGCCAUUGAUGCUGACGAGGUCGACAAGAAGCUCGAGGAUUCCGUCGAGGAGACUGCCGCCAGCACUGACGAGGCUGCUAGCGAUGCUGACGAGGCCAAGGCCGAGGAGCCCGUCGAGGCUGUGCCUGAGGCUGCCGCUGAGACGAACCCGGAGACUGUUGCCGCCGAGGUUGCGCAGGACGACGUCAAGGAGGCUGAGAAGCCUGCCGACCCCAGCCCGACUCCCGUUGCUCCUCCUGCCAAGGCCGAGAAGCCUGUUGCUGCUGUUCCCGCCAAGCCCAUGUCUUGGGCCAGCCGCGCUGCCGCUGCUGUCGGACCCAAGGCCGCCCUUCCUCUCCCCAAGGCUGCUGUCCCCGCCGCGAAGUCGACUGCCCCCACUUCAGCUACUCCUGCCGCUGCCGCCGCUGCAGCCGCGUCCCCUCAGCCCAGCGCCGCCGUUCAGCAGCCUACCGAGUCCAAGGAGGCUUCCCAGGCUGCCACCGAGUGGCAGUCCGUUUCUGACUCCAAACGCCAGAACCGCCCCCAGUCCAUCUCCGGCCCUCCCACCGAGAACAAGGACACCCUUGGCUACGUCAAGUAUGUGACCGACAAGGUCAAGACUGAGGACCUCCGCGCUGCUCUCGCCGCCCACGGCGAGCUCACCUACUUCGAUGUCAAUCGCCAGAAGAACUGCGCCUUUGUCGAGUUCGCGACCGCUGCCGGCUACCAGGCUGCCGCCGCCGCUAACCCCCACACCGUCAACGGCGAGACAAUUCACGUUGAGGCCCGCCGUCCCAAGGCUGGCGCAUACGGUGGCAGCAACUACGCUUCCGGACGUGGCGGCGCUCCCAGCCGCGGACGCGGCGGUUUCGAGGGCCAGCGCCAGGGAAGCCAGGGCGGUGGCCGUGGCAACUUCACCGGCGGACAGGGCCGUGGCCGGGGUGCUCCCCGCGGCCGUGGCGCCUCGCAGGCUGCCACCAACGCUUGA